CUGAUUCUCCGUCCUGAACCAAACAUACUGCAGUUCUUUGAAUAUGAGUCUCUGACCUUUCAUUGUGAGGGCUCUUACGGAUCGACUGGACUGAAAAUUGUACAUCGGUCCAAAGGGGAAUUACAGACAUGUGAAACUCCAGUGACAUCAACAAGGUCAUCCUGCACAAUGAAAACUCUUUAUUUAGAUGACAAUGGACAAUACUGGUGUGAGUCUGGAGAUAGGAAGACAAGCGACAUCAUCUAUGUCACUGUUACUGCUGGUCCUGUGAUCCUGGAGAGUCCCAUCAGUGUGGUGGAAGGAGAGGAUGUGACUCUGCGCUGCAGAAACAAGACGACCUCACCCAACCCAGCUGAUUUCUACAAAGAUGGACGCCUUAUCAGAAGAAGCUUUACAGAAAACAUGACAAUCCCUGGUGUUACCAAACGUGAUGAAGGACUCUACAAGUGUACCAUCUCUGGAGGAGGAGAAUCAGCUGAGAGUCUGAUGGCUGUUGAAAAGUCACACCAGGAGAUUCACACGUCCUCAGAUCUUCUGUUCAUCAUCUUCAGAAACCUUCUCCCUGUAGUGAUUAUGGCUCCGCUGCUGUUGCUGCUGGGACGGCUUCACUGUCUCAGCUGAUUUCAGAUGCCGAAAUAAAAGAUAGGACAGGCUGAACAAUUAAACAGACAUUUUCUUGUUUGGUUGCCAGAAAUGAAGAACAUCCCAUAAUGCUUCAUUCAGCUGCUCAGCUGCUUUCUUUCAUGUGUUACAUCACCUUGUUAAUUAUAUGUAAUGAUGAUCCACUUAUAUUCAGUGCAUGUUGUGCAAACCAAUGAAAACAGUGUACAUUUCUAAACAGCUAAAAGAAUCCAAUCA